GGGGGAAGGCCGGGCGGCCUCACCUCGGCUCGCGCCGCGGCCAGCGCGGGAGGGCGCGCGCGUGCGCAGCGGGGCGGGGGCUCCGCUCUCCCGCCCAACCGUCCGCUGGCGGGAGCGGGAGGGGGGGUGGUGGAAGCCGUGAGGCGGUCAUCGCGGGUUGCGGUGAGGGCGGGAGCGCCUCGGCCACCCCUCUCCUCCCCGAGGUGGGGUGGGGAUGGCGGCGCCUGCUCACGGCAUGGGUCUACAGGCUCGCCGUGAAGGCCUCUGAGCGCCUUUCCUCCGCCGCCGUUCGCCUCAGGGUGGGAGAGCGCUCCCGCCGCGCUAGGCCGCGGCCGGCCGGCCCGCCCGCCCGCCCGAGGAAGGAGGAGGAGGGGCCGGGCGAACAUGACCAGCCCUGCCAAGUGGGAGCGUCUGAGGCCACUGCGGCCGGACACACUGCGUCCACCAAUGAUCAACCUGAAGGUGAACGAUGGUGGACAGGUUGUGAGAAGAACUCUGAAAGUCAGAAAGCCUCGAUUUGAUGCGUCCUUGGUUUAUUUGACCCGAAAAUUCAUGGAUCUUGUCAAAACAGCUCCAGACGGUGUCCUUGAUUUAAAUGAAGUAGCAACAACACUUGGAGUACGAAAACGAAGAGUGUAUGACAUCACCAAUGUGCUGGAUGGAAUCCAGUUAAUUCAGAAAAGAUCUAAGAAUCUUAUCCAGUGGGUAGGUUCUAAUCUUGACCAAGUUGUUGGAAAAGCACCAGAGCAGCAAACCCUUAAAGACGAACUUUCUGACUUGUCAGCCAUGGAAGAAGCUCUGGAUGAUUUAAUCAAGGAUUGUGCUCAUCAGUUAUUUGAACUAACAGAUGACAAAGAAAAUGCAAAACUAGCUUACGUGACAUAUCAGGAUAUCCGUAGCAUUCAGACAUUUCAAGAACAGAUUGUGAUUGCAAUCAAAGCUCCAGAGGAAACCAAGUUGGAAAUACCAAUUCCUAAAGAAGACUGCAUAGCAGUACACGUGAAGAGCACAAAAGGACCCAUUGAUGUGUAUCUGUGUGAGGUGGAACCAGAGAACCCAGGUGCCAAAACUUUUGAAGAUACAGAUACAGUCACUUCUGAAACUGAGCCCGCAGAUCCUCCUGAUGAAGUGAGAUCUCCGGGGGAAGAAAAGAAACCACCUGAGUUGACAGAUUAGUUACAACUCAAAAAUCUAAUAUAAAAUGUAAAUAUCUGUAUAUUACAGAGCUGCUCCAAAGCUGCUUGGAUCUGCAAACAUACUGACCUGAAACGUUCCAAAGUUAAGUGCUUUCACAGGAUUGCUCAUCUUCCCAAGUCAAAAGAGGACAGUUCCUAGAGUUGCUUUUAGGAGCUUUGUUUUCGUAAUUGCAUGUGAUCUACAGACCUUUGGGAAAAUAGUAUUUUUAGCUUAUGAAAUAAUUGAUGGAAAACAUAGGCAAUUAAUUACAUCUAAAAACGAUGAUUUCUGGAAGGAUCCGCAAUCCUUGUGAGAAUGUAUAUAAUAAAGAAAAGCACUUUUCAGUUCUGAGGCUGCGCUGCUACUAAGCAGGAUUGUCAGAUACGACUGUAACAAAGAACUGGUGUAUUGGAAGCCUUCGCUAUAAGGAACAAGAUAUAAAUAUGCAAGUUAUGCCUUACACUGUGUAGAUGCUGUUUGCAUUGUUUGCAUCCAGCUCUGCAUGACCUGUGGUGUCAACACUGAAGUUAAAUAACGGCUUUUUGUAUAUAUCUGUACUAUGUCUGGGUAGUUACUGAUGUAGAUUUAUUGAGAUAGUUUGCAUUUCUGCCUUUGUACAGCAAAGAAAUAAAAUAAGCUUAUAAAAAUAUGACCUAGUCUAAUCAGUCUAAUGAGAUAUGUUGGAUUGUCUUUGUUGGAGCUCACUGGGUAAUUACAAACACUCAAACCGAUAUGGAACUUUCAGACCUGUUAGACGUGGUGCUGGCAGCUAGCAGUUAGAUCCAAUUCUUGUGAUGCCACAAUACUGUAGCAAUUAUCAGAAGAAACAUAAUGAUCAAUAACUAGUUAAAUUGGUCCUUUCUAGUUUCUAGAGUUUAUAUACAGCAUAACUUCAGCCUAGUACCAUGAUCUCUUUGUGGCUUUAGCUGGCAAAAAUCUGUAAAAUAUUUGAACUACAUCUGUUUUCCUCCAUCUUCAGUAUCUGUAAAAUGAAGCUUCAGAAUUUUAGUAACUUUUUUUUUUUUUUUUUUUAAGUGAUUUUAACUGUUGCCAUAUAAAUGCCGUAUGGAAAAGUGAACUUCAUUGUUCUCUGUGAGGGGAGGGCUGGCUGGGUGGGUGGCUGGUUCUUAAAUCGGAACUUCAAGUCCUUGUUUUUCUAGACACACAGUAUUAACAACUAUCCAUCUACUCACAGGUGGGAGCAACAACGCUAAUAAAGCCCUGAAGGUUUUAACCAGCAAUUCUACAAUUAUUCUAGAUGCUGUGAAAUUAAAUGCCCAGUGUGCUACAGUACAAAUAAGGUAGGGCAGUUGGCACUGAAGAGCUUAAAUAUACCUGAAUACAGAUUGAUUGUUAACCCAGUUUUCUACAAGGUUCACGAGUUCCCCAAAAUGCAUCGCAUUAUACUGUGUGAAUUGGGAAAUGCAGCAAGUGCGAGCUUGUGUCAGAAAGUAAUCUUGACUUUUGUGUGUGUAUGCUGCUAGCUGCAGAAUACAGGACUUCAGUGUAGGAUACUGUUUUUCUGCAUCUCUGUAAAAUGCAAACUAUAGGCUGAGCUGUUACAAUAAUAAAAGCAAAGUGGAAGCACGUUUCAUAUGCAGAUCACAGUAGAAACAGGGAAGGUGUUCCUGCAGUGGAGCUGGGGGCAGGGGUUAAAUGACAUCCUCUUUCCACAGGAGAAGGUUGUGCUGCUCCUUUAAGGCUGGCUUCUGGCCAGGUGGCAAAGGAGCUGUUUGAUUUUUUGCACUGCUGUUCUUUAUUGGUGGGGAGGUCAGUGCCUAAGGGAAGCAUGGAUCCCCCUACUCUGGUUCAACAACUGAGGAUAACGUUUGCUGUGAAACAUGUAAAAAUUUCCAGCACCAACAACUAAUCCCUAUUACUGUGCCUAGGGCAAUAUUUUGUUAACAUUUUUAACUUGAAGUUACAUAAUUAGCACAGUGAAAUGGAAGAAGCUGCAAUAUGACAGUUAUAAUUAUUUUCUUAAAUACAUUUAUUGUUUUAAUAGUGCACCUUUAGCGGAACAAAUGGACUUUUGAAGACUAAACCACUUUGUUGUUACUACUUGGAUACUUACAGUAUUAUCCACUUGCAGUACUGGAAAACAAGGUACUAUAUAAGGUCGGUACACUAGCUGAGAGAACUGGACUUGAGGAAAGGUUCCUGAGUGAUGCUGAACUUAAAUACAAGUUACGAGUUCACUUCAAAGGUAAAUGUGAUAGGACCUUACUCUGAAUCUGUAUUAAAAUGCUUGAUUGGGUUUUUUUUCUGAAAGAUUAAAGUAUUUUUGUUGAGUCCAUAUCUAUCCAUUUUUGGCAUAUUCGUAUGUGUAAGCACUUCCCUCAGCUGUUGGAGGACUCUGCCUGUAAUAAAUGAAAAAGCUCUAAUAA